UGUGUGUUAUCAUAAUUCCGCGAAUAUAGAUCGCGGCCUAUAUACAAAUUUAACUAAUUACAGGUUUUUUUGGCCGAUAUAUGAUUGACGUCAAGGUGUAUGAACAAUAUGUUAUUAUGCUUUGCAUUCUUUACAAAUUCAAAACUUUGUAACACGAUCAAUAUUGGCUAACUGGUAAUCCCCUGACCGGCUCAAACUGGUUGAACAAGUUAGGCUUCCUUCGUAUAAUAUCAGACUGCUGAUGGGGUCAGAAAUCAAUUCAGCUUUUCUGGUGAUCCGUCAUCCAGAAGAGUGCAUUCAUUCACGUGCGGAUUAAUGAUGUGGAUUGCAUUGCAAUUUCAUUGAAACUUUGGCGUACAAAAUAUUUUUUAGUUCCCUGAUCAGUGUGUGCUCGGUGGAACUCAAGUGGUCGUGUUCCUAGACAGAGGGUCACACCGCGUGGCCAUACCGCCAGGGUGUGACCUCCAGGAGCGAUCUAAACCAUCAACACAUCUCAUUGAUGUGUGCCAUCAAUACAUCUGGAUAAUGAUAAACACCAUCAACCACAUGUGAAUGAUAAACACCAACAUCCACAUAAUAAUGAUAAACAUCAACAAUUACAUGAUAAUGAUAAUCACCAACAUCCACAUGAUAACGAUAAACCUCAACAUCCACGUGAUAAUGAUAAAUACCAACAUCCACAUGAUAAUGAUAAACACCAACAUCCACAUGAUUAUAAAACACCAACAACCACAUGACAAUGAAAAACACCACCAUCCACAUGACAAUGAUAAACAUCAACAUCCACAUGAUAAUUAAACACCAACAAUCACAUUGUGACACUAGGCCACAUAUUUAAUAUUUUAGGAUACACUGUAAAAAUAUUACCUGGUUUCAAUAUGUAAAGAAUUCACAGGUAUAAUGUGGUGAUCCUAAAGUAAUGUUCCUACCUUAAUGUGUACCUGUGGCCUUAUAUUUAUAUGUAUUUAUUUUAUAUUUAUGACUGUUAUUGUUUUCUGACCGGGGGAUCGGUGUUCCGCAAAUCAGCUGACGUGCCUGUCAGCUGACGGGAUGAGGUUCGAGAGGUUUUAAAUACAAGGAAAUUAAUGAAUGGAGGGGCGCGUAAUGAAUGAAUGGAGGGAGUCUGAGAGGGACCUCUAACAAACGCCAGUCCAACUGAGAAAGCUUAAUAGUGGAAAAGCUGUAAGUACCACUGGACAAAGUCGACAACUCUUGCCGACUCUUUGGAUACGUCGGUAAGAGCGAUUUAUAUUUUUUGCUGGAGGUUUUUGUUACGACCUGGGUCAUCUUGUUUUUCUUUGCCUAUUUUUUCCCCGGACGUAAGAGACAGUUGCUGGCGGAGUUUUGUUCGGGGACAUCGGGGAUUUCGUUUGGAUAUUCUUUUUUGUUUGCUUUGAACUAGAGGGAGAACGCGCGAGUGUGCACAAGGGGCACGCAAAUGGAGGCCGCUUAUUAACGCGGUAAUCAGAUCACAUCGGCGGAAAAGACUUUUGGGGAAUCUGGACUGUGGGUUUAUUUGAGGGUUGUUUGGGGAAUGUAUAUGGAAAUAUGAACAGUUUGAAAAUAUAUGGGUUAAUGUAAUUCCCUGAGCUAUAUCCUCGUUAUGUGUAUUAUUAUUAAGUGGUCUCAAACGAACACAAUCAAUGUGCUUGGUUCUCAAAUUAAGAAACUCGCGUUUCUAUCCUAAUAAUUGGGCUAAAAGAUUAGUCGAAGUGUUACAUAUGGUGGCCAUUACGUGUACCAGAGUUACUUUGAUUGUUGUUUGUGAAAAAAUAUUGAGAUACAUUUAGUAAUAUGGCUCAUAGAGAGGGAAGGACCUCUUUGCCUAAUCUAAGGCCUGUAUUUGGUGAUCCAGAUUUUACUGCAGGACCUUUUGUUACGAGAAGAUCUACUUCAGAUAUAUCUUAUUUUCUGAGCUCAUUGUAUAUAAGUGACAAUGACACUAGUACACUUAGCACUACACACCACAUUGGUCAUAGCCCUAUUGAUGUUCCACGCACUCCUGGUAAUGUUCCAAAUACUGUGGGUAGGGUUAGAAUGGGUUUGGAGGAUGUUGAUAAUGACGAAAAUGAUGUUGUUGGUAAUGAAAAUGAUGUUGAAAAUGAUGGUGAUAGUAAUGAUAAUAAUGGUGAGGAUAACAGGGGGGCUGUAUGGGAAGAAACGGUUACACAGGAAACACAGACAGAGAGUGAGGAAUUGGCAAAUAACAUCAAUAGCCUACAAAACCAAGUGGAACAGUUUAAAGCUGAAUUUAGGGAGUCUGUAACAAGUGCUGUAAAUAGGGAGUUGAGUUUUAGAGGGUGGGUGGAAGAAAACCUGACUCAACUAGAAAAGUUCUCGUGUGAUGGUAUAGGAAAGUUGGAGAGGACAGUGUACAAUUGCCUUCUUCGAAGAGAUGAACAAUGGAGAAAACAAGUGCACGGGCUAAGGCCCACUAGCACUCCCGUACCACUGAGAACUAUAGCAGUCUCCACUAAUGUAAGCCCAAUAGCUACCCAAGCUAGCCCAAUGGUUACCCAAGCUGGUCAGUAUGUUGCAACACCUCCUGGCCGUAUGAAGUCUGUUGCCUCUCCAAUGUACCACAAGCCCCCUGUGAACCUGGAUUUUCCCAGAUUCGGCCCUAGCAGUGAAUCCUCUGAUGUCUUGCGGUUUAUCGAACGGUGUGAAAACUUUCUAGAAAUGAGACCCAUUACUUCGCAUGAGCUAAUGGGUGCGCUAUCCUCAGUUUUAAAGGGCUCAGCACUCAGUUGGUGGAAAGCUACCAAAAGUCAGGUACAUGAUUCGAUCUCAUUCAGAGAAGCCUUUCUAGCAGCUUUCCUAUCCACAGAUUACUUGAGUGAAGUGGAGGAGAAGUUGAGAACCACCGUUCAGAAGCCAGACCAGUGCCUCCGAGAUUUCGCCUUUGACUACCAGGAUUUAUGUCUGGAAUGGAAGCAGGACAUGCCUGAAGAAGAGAUUGUAAGGCGUAUCUUGAAUAAUAGCAAUCCUAAAAUAGCGGGGUGCCUCCGUGGGACGGUGACAACCGUGGCACAACUGGUGAAGGUGGGCUCUAUGGUGGAGAAGGACUGCUCUGGAGCCAAGGAGUACUGGCAGAAGGUGCAUGCUAGUUCAGAUAGACAAGAAAAAAAAACAUCAGAUAAAAGGAGCAAGCAUGGAGCAGCUGAAUUAACGGUAGUUCAACAUCAAACACACAGAGAUAAAGAUCAACAGGGUCUACUGUUAGUUCCCAUUACCAUCAGAGGCAUGCAGGGAGACGCUGUAGUAGACACAGGCAGCACUUUCACAUUGAUGAAGCAGAGUCUAUGGCGACAGGUGACAGCAGCAGAUGAAAACUUCCUACCAGCAGAGAGACAGAGGUUCGUCAUGGCAGACGGGACCACACACCAAGCCCUGGGGAAGAAAACUAUUUGCCUCGAUUGGCAUGGCAAACAAUGGCCUGCUGAAGUACACGUGAUGGAUGACCGUCACCUUGCUUUCCCUGUGAUUCUAGGCCUAGACUUCCUAGCUACUACCGGUGUUCUCAUUCAUCUGGCUAAGAACAGUUAUGGACUAAAGACAGAUAGAGGCUACACCUAUCAUACCUUUAAACGACAACCUCUCACCACUACUGGGUGGAACAACAACAGUCUUAGCUCUCUAGAGGGGGUACACCUCUACUAUGCCCUGCCUCCGGGUGCUUACCCUCAGUGUUGGGUCUCCUCUACAACAGAAACCCCAUCUCCCAGGCAUGAUUCUAACUGGCCUGAAGGGCUUCAGCAACUUAUGGAAAACUGGCCGACGGAUACCUCUGGGAAGCUGGGAAAAACUGAGGUGGAGAAGCAUGCCAUCUUCCUGGAAGAUGAAGUUCCUGUCCGGAGCAAGGCAUAUCGGGUAUCUCCUCUGAAGAAGAGAAUAGUAGAAGAACAUGUGGAGAAAAUGCUGGCUGAGGACAUCAUCGAACCAUCACAAUCUGCCUGGUCCUCACCUGUGGUUCUCGUCAACAAACCUGAUGGAUCCUAUAGGUUUUGCGUAGACUACAGGAGAGUGAAUGCCAAGACCUUGCCUGAUGCAUAUCCAAUGCCCAUCAUACACGACAUUCUUGAAUCAUUGGAGGGAGCCUCUUGGUUCAGUUCAUUGGAUUUGCAAUCGGGAUAUUGGCAGAUGGCAAUGACAAAAGAAAGCAAGCCUAAGACUGCAUUUAUAACAUCACUAGGGCUGUUCCAGUUCAAAUCCAUGCCGUUCGGUCUCCGAAAUGCUGCUGCAAGCUUUCAAAGGCUAAUGGAGCGGGUCCUAGGGAAUUUGAGAGGAAAGAUGUGUUUUGUGUACAUAGACGACAUCAUUGUGUAUUCUCAUUCCCGCCACAACCACAUACAGGAUCUGGCUGCAGUCUUCCAAAGGCUGCAAGAAGCAAACCUCAGCCUUAACAUGAAGAAGUGCCACUUUUUCAAACAGGAACUUAAGUUUCUUGGCCACAUUGUCUCAGACAGAGGGGUGGAGGUGGACCCAGCUAAAACACAGGCUGUGGCUGACUUCCCUACUCCCAAGGACUUAAAGGCUCUGCAGCGCUAUCUUGGACUGGCUGGCUGGUAUCAUAAAUUCAUUCCCCCGUUUGCCGACCUUGCAGCCCCGCUUAACCAUCUCAAGAGGAAAGGAGUGGAGUGGCUAUGGACCAGUGAAUGCCAGGCCAGUGUGGAUGCCUUAAAGGAGGCCUUGCAGAAUCCACCAGUGCUGGCACAGCCUGAUCUAUCCUUACCAUUCCAGGUGCUAACAGAUGCUAGUGACGUGGGCCUUGGCGCCAUCUUGUCCCAGAACACACCAGAAGGGGAGCAGGUGAUAGCCUAUGCCUCCAGGGGACUCCGAGGUCCAGAGUGCAAUUAUUCCACCUCGGAAAAGGAGUGCCUGGCAGUGGUAUGGGCGGUUGAAAAGUGGAGGCACUACUUAGAAGGAGUGGAGUUCUCCGUCUACACUGAUCAUGCUGCACUGUCGUGGGCGUUCAAUUGCCCAAAGACUAGCUCCCGUCUGACCCGGUGGACCCUACGAUUACAGCAGUUCCAUUUCAAGGUACAUUACCGAAAGGGCUGUCUCAAUUCAGCACCAGAUGCGUUGUCCCGGGCUCACGAACCUCUCUCAAUUCACCCAUCACCGUGCUGGGCUGUCUCCACCAAAAUCUACUCUGUUUUGCCUACUACCCUGGCAGAGAUAGCAGAGGAACAAGAGAAGGACCAACGGGUGUGUGAGCUGAAGCAGGACAGUGCCCAGACAGAUGUGCCUUUAACUCGCAUUGGCUUUGUGGUCCAACAAGGGGUGUUGUACAGAAGACUUCCUGUACGGGACCAGGGACAGAAGUACCAGAUGGUCGUUCCACAAUCCCUGGUGUCCGAAUUUCUGAGGUACUUUCAUGAUAAUCCCCUUGGUGGUCACCUGGGUCAGCUGAAGACUCUAUUAAAGGUGUUGGGAGUAGCCUGGUGGCCGAAUGUCCGCAAAGAUGUGUGGGCACAUGUCAAGUCCUGUAUACCCUGUCAGCAGUACAAAGCGGAUAACGCCAAGCCAUCAGGACUACUGCAGAGCACAGUAGUUGAAAAACCGGGAGUGAUGCUGGGUGUUGACCUCAUGGGGCCAUUACCUAGAAGUAAGAAAGCCAACUGUUACCUCCUGGUGGUGGUCGACUAUUGCUCUAAAUGGGUGGAAAUGUUUCCCUUGAGGGACAGCAAGACACCCCGUCUGGUCAAAAUCCUCAGAGAGGAAAUCUUCACCCGGUGGGGGGUGCCGCAAUACAUGGUUUCGGACCGAGGUCCACAGUUUACUUCAAAACUUCUCACUAACCUCUGCAACACAUGGGGGCAGGGCUGGACUGGGAGAACAAAACGGCCCGGGCAUUUUUUGGCUCAGACCGGCCCACAUAAUUAGCGGAGCACAUCUGCCAUUAAAUUGACGUAACUUAUGUCUUCUAAAUGUACAAACGUUCUGGCCUAGUGGAAAAGGUGCACAAUUUAACUAAAAAAACUCUCUUUCAGGUACCAAAAAAACACCAGGAAAUGUGCAGUGACUUCACACUCAAUUGUUUAUUUAAAAUGAAUCUAUAAAUUUGUCAUGAUAGCUGGCAGAAAACCUGGACGUUGAGAGAAGAGAGCCCCUGGCAGCUGCCGAUGAACUGGCCUUAUCUGCUCUCUUCAUUCCAAUCAGCUCCUUGGACAGAGAGAGAGGGGGGGGCACAUACCCACUCUGAUGUUAGGCACAUACAACAUCAGAUUUUUAACGCUUUUAUGUCGUGGUAAUGUGGAUAUGUUUACUCACUUGGUGCAUAGCCUUGUCUGCGCUCUUCAGUUCCAAUCAGCUCUUUGGGCACACACCCUACAGUCAAUCAAACACUCAUGAAACCUACAGAUAGCCACACACACA